CUGUUUAAUUUCCAGAUUGAAAAUGGCAGUCACCGGCAAGAAGAGAGUCACCGCUAAGCACGAGCGGAGCAGAGCCGUGGCGCCACCGUCGAAUUUAGGGGGAGAUAGGUCAAGAAUGACAGGUCAUUGCAAUUCCAAUGAUUUUUUGAGGAAAACCACCUAUCGCUCUCCUCAACGCCGGAGAAUCUACCACUCGCCGCCGUCGACUCCUGUUUACGAAGAAUCAAGGUUGAAUUUCUUCGAUGGAGUUGGAUAUGGAGUCGUUAGUGGAGGCGACGUCCGGUGCUGUGGGUGCACUCGUCAGCACCACCGUUUUGUACCCGCUCGACACUUGCAAAACCAAGUACCAAGCUGAAAAUCGAGCUCACCAUCACCAAAAAUACAGGAACAUUUCAGAUGUAUUCUGGGAAGCAAUUUCCAAAGGUCAAGUUCUAUCACUGUACCAGGGUUUGGGGACGAAGAACUUGCAGUCUUUCAUUUCACAGUUCAUCUAUUUUUACGGAUACAGCUUCUUUAAGAGACUCUACUUAAGAGAAAGUAGAUCCAAAUCUAUCGGAACUGCAGCCAACUUGCUUAUUGCCGCUGCUGCUGGUGCAUGCACAGCCAUAGUAACACAGCCUCUUGAUACAGCAGCUUCGAGAAUGCAAACAAGUGAUUUCGGAAAAUCGAAAGGACUAUGGGAAUCUCUCUCGGAAGGGAGUUGGAGUGACGCAUUUGAUGGUCUAGGAAUUUCCCUUCUUCUCACUACAAAUCCUUCUAUACAGUACACCGUAUUUGAUCAGUUAAAACUGAGAAUGCUAAAGGGGAACAUAAGGAAAGAAACAGACGAUGCAUCAGCUAGAGAAGCUCUCUCUGCAUUUUCUGCUUUCGUGUUGGGUGCAGUCUCGAAAUGCAUUGCCACCUGUUUAACCUAUCCAGCUAUAAGGUGUAAGGUGAUGAUACAAUCUGCAAAGUCGGAUGAAAACGACGAGGGCAAAACUCGACCACCAUCGCGUAGAACAGUAUCUGGAACAGUAUCUUCCGUCUGGGAAAACGAAGGGAUAUCGGGUUUCUUCAAAGGCUUGCAGGCGCAAAUGCUGAAGACCGUUUUAACCUCUGCACUGCUUUUGAUGAUAAAGGAGAAAAUCGCAAAGACGACAUGGGUACUAAUGAUUGCGCUGAGGAGGUUUUUGUUGACAACGAGACCUAAGAUAAAGAGUUCUUGAAUUAGUAAUCUCGGUAAGUUGCAAUAAAAUGUGAAGAUGUAUGUUCCUAUUUAUGUACUUCGAUCGCUCGACAGAAUCAUAUUGAAUAAGGUUUAGGAUAUAUGUUAUAGAAAUUGUAUGGAGGCAGGGUAUAGUUUGUAACUCUCUUUUUCACCCCUGUUUCAGAAUUUUUUUCUGCAUAAACUUAAA